AUGGCUGACAGAGAUAUCUCCCCCGGUCACUCUUAUGAUGACAAGGCCGAUCAUCACUACGAUGACAAGACCGGCUCUCAUGGCGGUGCUGAGAUGAUGGAGCACGCUGGCCAAGGCCGUCGUGGCUCUACCGCCGUCAACAUUGUCGAGAACCCUCUUCAGCGCAAAACAAAGGAAGAAACCAUCGCCGACGCCCGCCUCUUUUGCGAGACCAAUGGCAUGUCCGAACACGCCGAGAUGUUCGGCAGAGCAGCCCUCAUCGCCCGUGACCCCGACAACUUCGAGUCCGUCGACCUUCUCGACGACGAGCGCGAAGCUCUCAUCUACGAACGAGACCACAAGUGGCAUGGAUCCAAGAUGCUGUGGUACUCCAUCGGUCUUUGUGCCGUCGGUGCUGCUACUCAGGGUUGGGAUCAGACUGGUGCCAACGGUGCUAACCUGUCUUUCCCCGAAGAGUUUGGCAUUAAGGAUAAUGAUUGGCUUAUCGGUAUCAUCAACUCUAUCAUCUUCUUGACUGCUGGUUUGAUCGGUGCUUUCAUUGUUGAUCCCCUCAACCACUACUUUGGACGUCGUGGAGAGAUCUUUAUUACUGCUGCUUGCUUGACUGCUACUCCUAUUGCUUCUGGCUUUUCUCGCAAUUGGCAGGAACUGUUUGCUAUCCGUUUCAUCAUGGGAAUUGGUAUCGGUGCUAAGAACGCUACCGUGCCUAUCUAUUCCGCUGAGAUGGCUCCUGCUAGAAUUCGUGGUGCCCUCGUCAUGUUCUGGCAACUCUGGGUCGUCAUCGGUAUCUUCCUCGGUUUCUGCGCCAACGUUAUCGUCAAGGACGUCCCUCGCAUCGCCUGGCGUCUCGAACUCGGCUCCGCCUUCAUCCCCGCCUUCAUCCUCAUGGUCGGCAUCUACUUCUGCCCCGAAUCACCCCGUUGGCUCAUGAAGCACGGCAAGAUCUCCCAAGGCUUCGUCUCCAUGGCCAAGCUCCGAGCUCACCCCAUCAUCGGUGCCCGCGAUUACUACUACUCAUACGUCAUCUACCAUGAGGAGCUCAAGGUCGCUGCUGGCUCUGGUUACUUCCAGCGUCUCUGGGACUGCUUCGCUGUUCCUCGCAUUCGACGUGCCAACUACGGUGCCAGUACUGUCAUGCUUGCCCAGCAGAUGUGCGGUAUCAACAUUAUCUCUUUCUACAGCUCGACCAUCUUCUCCGAGAGUGGUUUCACCCACGACCAAGCUCUGUACGCUUCUCUGGGUUAUGGUGCCAUUCAGGUCGUCUUCACUAUUCCCACCCUCUUCCUGAUCGAUACCAAGGGACGACGAACCUUGACACUGGCUACAUUCCCCUUCAUGUGUAUCUUCCUUCUGGCUGCUGGUCUCUCCCUUCUGAACGAUACCACAAACCAGGCUGCCAAGAUCGCACCCGUCGCUCUCUUCAUUUACCUCUUCACCAUCGCGUACUGUCUCGGAGAAGGACCUGUCGCCUUCCAGUACUCCGCUGAGGUCUUCCCUACCAUCCAGCGUGAGCAGGGUAUGGCCUGGGCUGUCUGCAUCAACAACACCUUCGCUGGUGUUCUUGGACUGACCUUCCCUCGUAUGAGAACCGUUAUGACUCCCACUGGAGCCUUCGCCUUCUACGCUGGACUCAAUCUCAUUGCUUGGGGUAUGAUCUUCUGCUUCGUUCGUGAGACCAAGCAGAUGACUCUCGAGGAAUUGGACCAGGUCUUCUCUGUUCCUACCAAGCAGUUCCUGUCUUACGAGACUCAGGUCUGGCUUCCUUAUAUGUUCAAGAAGUACGUCCUCUUCAAGAAGGUUGAGCGCCCUCCUCCAAUUAUCGAGAAGAGCGAGCGAAACCUUGCUUAA